AUGGACUCUCACACCCGCUCAUCGCCCUCGCCGCUUUUUGUCCGCCAGAACAGCCAAUCCCCUCAUCGUCGUGCCGCUCCUCCCAAUCCUCGCCUCACUCUACCUUUACCUGUACCUCUACCUUCGCUACCACCUCACCUGCCUCGAGACGGCUACGAUUAUCGCCGCCCAGUUUCAUCUGCUCGUUCAAACACGCCGGCCAACAAUGUUAUCGACCUGACAUCCGACGAUGAUUCUACUGCUCCUGGAAACGCGCCUACGCCGCAACCGCAACCCACUACUGCACCCAUACCUUUGCCCCGUUUUGGAAGAGAGAUCAUAGACUUGUCUGCAGAUACCAGCCCCCAACAACCCACACAUCCACGACAUGCAAGGACAUCAUCGAGCCCUGAGGUGCAAUUCGUUUCCAGCAGACCUCGAUCACGCAAUGAUCAACCUCUUGCUCAACCUCCUCCUUUCCUGGAUCCAAAUCCUGAACAUCGCCGUCAUAACCCCGAAUUGGUCCUGGACGAUCCGGAAGACGAUGUCAUCAUUGCAGGCGAGCGUACUGGUGUUAAUCUACUGGCUCCUUUGGGCGCACACAGGAGGUACGGUGGGUUGGUCCAAAGGAUAUUUGAGGGAGGAACUCGUCUUCAAGGUCCCAUGCGAGCCGCAAUGACUACUUUCAUGCGAGGGGGCCCGAUGCCACACUUGUUCGGAGCGGUGAAUGAAGAUGGCGACAAUCCUCGUCCGGCAAACUUCUUGGGGGCUGGCUUACCGGGCUUCAUGAACUUUGAGACUGUUGCCUUUGAUUAUUUGAGGAAUGCGGAGGACCCUGUUCAACUACCCGUACCCAAGUUUGAUCCGCCACCUCCUGCACCUGAAGGAUUUACCAGGGACCCAACCGAGGAAGACACAAUCGUUUGUCCGAACUGCGAAGAGGAAUUGGCUGUUGGAGAGAGCGAAGAAAAGCGUCAAGUCUGGGUUGUCAAAGCAUGCGGCCAUGUGUAUUGCGGCACAUGCAUGAACAACCGCAAAAGAAGAAGCAACAAGGGGACCAAAGGAAAAGGUCGGGCAGACGAGCCAGUGCUACCGCCACCUUUCUCGACGUGUCAAGCGGAUAAUUGCGGUCUUCGGGUUUCUCACAAGAACGAUGUGAUGCAAAUCUUCCUCUGA